AAUCACCUUGCUUUAAUCCUUUUGGGUUGGAUGAUCCGGGGCGUGGGAGAGAGAGAGAGAGAUAAACGAUGGAGAAGAAGAGUAGGAUACUGAUAGUGGGAGGGACGGGAAAACUAGGGUUCGAAAUUGCCAAAGCCAGCCUCCGAUCUUCUCAUCCCACAUUUGCCCUCAUCAGAGAUGAAUCCUCCACCGAUCUCCACAAAUCUCACAAGCUUCAAACCCUCUCCGAUUCCGGCGCCACACUUCUCAAGGGUUCCCUAGAAGAUGAAACAAGGCUCAUAGAAGCCAUCAAGCAAGUGGAUGUCGUGAUUUGUGCUGUUUCGUCCAAGCAGGUCCUCCUCCAGAAGCUUCUCAUUUCAGCUAUCAAACAAGCUGGGUGCGUCAAGAAAUUCAUUCCAUCUGAAUUUGGAGUGGAUCCAUGUAAAACUCGAAUAUCUGGUCUUGACCACAACUUCUAUGCGAGGAAAGCAGAAAUUCGAUGUCUUGUAGAAGCAGAAGGCAUUCCAUACACCUACAUCUGUUGUAACUUCUUCAUGAGCUACUUACUUCCAUCGAUAGUUCAGCCAGGCCUAAAGUCCCCUCCAAGGGACAAAAUCAAGAUUUUUGGAGAUAAAAAUGCAAAAGGUGUUUUCAUGAAGGAAAGUGAUGUUGCUUCCUUCACCAUCAGUGCUGUGGAUGAUCCACGCACAUUGAAUAAGGUGCUUCACCUGAGGCCUCGGGGAAAUGUUUACUCCAUGAAUGAGCUGGUUGAGAUUUGGGAGAGUAAGAUUGGGAAGAAGCUUGAAAAGAUUUAUGUGCCAGAGGAGGAGCUUCUCAAGAAAAUUAAAGAGACUCCUUAUCCGGACAACAUGGACAUGGUUUUCAUAUAUUCCGCAUUUGUAAAAGGGGAUCAUACGUAUUUCGAUAUAGAGUCAUCCGGUGGGGUGGAUGGGACAAAGCUGUAUCCACACCUGAAAUACACUACAAUAAAUGAGUAUUUAAACACUUUAUUGUAAGAUUUUACUUUUUUCGCUUUUUGUGAACUAAUUGUAACUAUUUUUUUGCCUCUCCUAACCAAUGCAUCAAGAAUUACAUUAUGUUGCGAAUACGAACACAGAUUGCUCAUAUGCCAUAUGUUUAGAACAUCUUCAAUUCUAAAUGCCAAAUUGAGCAUGCCAUUCCCAAAUUUUUGCUA